AUGCGCAAUGCUCUGUGUUUUGUCUGGGUAGAGAAGGCGGAAUACAUCUUCAUGACUCAGCCUGUCUCCGUCAAGGCGAUACUUGGUAGGAUCGGUGGACGAUACGCCAGUCUCACCAACGCGCAGAAAGAAAGCCCGGGUAUGUCCUUACUGCAAGCGAUCCUUCCGUCGCCACGAGCACCUCCAAAGACAUCUCCGAAUCCCAGACGUGAUCUUCUGAAGCGCCAUCAAAGUAUUGGCCAUGCUCCGAACACCCCAUCAUCACAGCCUUUCUCGUCCUUACCUGCGGUCUACGAACCCAACAAUGUUCUAUCUAAUAAGGAUGAAACCUACUUGGGCGUGAGGCCUCCAUUAUUGGAGUCGACGGAGUCCUUAAUUACACAAGUAGGUUCAAGCGGCCGUAAUGGCCAAGUGGAAGAGGAAAGGCUUGAAGCCAAUCUACUGUUCAACCCCCAGGACCUUUCAGUUUUCCAAGACCUGGACAUGUUCAAUAACAACCUGGGACUUAACGACGACUGGUAUUUUCCAUCUGAGCCAAGCCUUGUUAGAAUAUUUCCUGGAGACUUUGCGUCUAAUAACAUGCCAACAACAUCCAUCGCCAAUCCACCCAAUGGUCAUCCUUCAGGUGCAGAACAAAUACUGAGCAAGCUUCCAACUGACAGAGAAGCUGUUGCGGAGUUCGGAGUCCUCACUUUUCCAAUACUCGUGGUUACGAAUCACCAUAGAGAACGUCUUUCCGAGACGUUGAUGCUUUGCCAUUCCACUCACGCAGCUAACAAUCUACCAUCCUGCCACUCGCUAUCAAGAUUCAUCAAUGGGUUCUUUGAUGGUUUCUAUCCCCACCUACCGAUGGUGCACAUUCCAACAUUCAAGAUCGAGGAAUGUGAACCAGAAAUGCUACUGGCUAUGUGUGCUCUCGGUGCAGAAUCUCGGCACGAGAAUCGCAAAGCAGCAUUGUUAUUUCAUGCAGCGAAGGACAUACUGCAUGCACGGGGUAAAGAGUGGGCAGAUAUUGAAAUCGCUUCAGGUGCCUCAGAAGGAAGCUCAACAUUUCCAAACCAGCGAGCCUUCAAUUCCACCGACAAAAUAAUGCAGUGUCGUAGAUAUAUGCGUGAAGCCCGGUGCGCGUUUCUCCUCGUUGCGUUUGCGACCUGGCAACGCGAGGAAAGCAUACACCGCGAGGCUUUCGAUCUCCAGAGCUUCCUGGCUAGAUGCGUUAGAGAGUCACAAUUGAAAGAGGCCGAUGAUUCUUCAGUUACCAAUGCUGACAGCUGGCAUUUGUGGAUCCAGCAAGAAACCGACAGGAGGGUAAAACUCUUCUCUUUCUCUUUUUUGACUCUUCAGUCUAUAGCAUUUGGUACACCACCAGCCAUCCUGGCCGAUGAAAUCAACGUUCGUCUCCCAUGUAGCUGCCUCGAAUGGAUUGCUCCGAACGAGCAGAAGUGGAAACACGUUCGAAGACCUGGCCAUCAGGAGCAGAUGUUGUUCCAAGAUGCUCUAUGUCACGUUAUGAAGAAUACACGAGAUACUAAUUUGAAAGGCACCCUCCCGGUUCCUUCACCGUUGUCGAACUACAUCCUAUUACACGCCAUUAUCCAGCGGAUCUUGCUCGCAUAUCACACCCUUGGCCCAUAUAAUGAUGUGAAUAACACCGUACUAAAUGGGCAAAAGGAAGUCAUGCGCAACUCUCUUUAUGCAUGGACCUCUCUUUGGCAACAAGCACCUGAAUCGAGUCUGGACCCUCGAAAUCCCAAUGGCCCUGUGACAUAUACUUCAACUGCCCUGCUGGGUGUUGCAUAUAUUCGACUUGGCCUCGAUUUAGGCUCAUAUAGAAUUCUUCAGUCUCGCGAUGCUAGAGAAAUAGCAAACCGACUGUUACAAAUACCUCGUUUGCCAUCUGGCCCUCACCUUCUCCCAGCAAUUCUACAUGCGACGCAUGCUCUCAGCAUCCCUGUCAAAUUAGGGGUAAAUUAUGUGGCUCGAAGCCAUGCGUUCGUCUGGAGCGUACAACACUCUCUUUGUGGACUGGAGUUCGCGAUCUUUCUCAGUAAAUGGCUGCUUUGUAUUGCCGACAACCAGACCCGAAGACCACUAGAUGAACAUGAAGCGCGGCUCGUAAAUUGGAUCAGCGAUAUUGUGGAAGAAGGACGAACAUCAGCAGAUGAGGAUCUGUGGUCUCGGCCUUCAGAUCUGUCCGAUUGUUCUUACCUAGGGUUUGCCGUCGUAAAGUUAUGGGCCCGUCUGAUCAAGGGAAAUGGCCAAUGGUCAUUAUUCGAGGUUGUUGGUGAUGGACUGGACCUCUAUGCCAACACUUGUGAGCAGAACCUUAUCAAUUCUCAGACAGCUAUGUCCGAGUCACGUUAA